GAGUGUAGCGUGUGCGCGUGCCCGGCCCGUGGCGUGACGUGGCGGCGGGGGGAUGCGGCGAGUGGUGUCGCUGCCGAUGUCGCCGUCGCUGCCGAUGUCGCUGUCGCUGCUUUUGGCGGCGCUCGCGUUGGGGGACGGAUCGAGACCUCCCGAGCUCCGCGAGGGCAAACUGCGGGACCUGGCCAGGGGCAAGGUGGAGACCUGCGGCGGGUGACGGCUGAACCGCCUGAGGGAGGUGAAGGCCUUCGUCACCCAGGACAUCCCCCUCUACCAUAACCUCGAGAUGAAACACCUGCCUGGUGCUGACCCUGAGCUUGUGCUUCUCAGCCACCGAUAUGAGGAGCUGGAGAGAAUCUCCCUGAGUGACAUGACACGGGAGGAGAUCAACCAGCUGGUGCAGGAUCUGGGCUUCUACCGCAAGGAAACACCUGAUGCCCCUGUGCCUGAGGAGUUCCAGUUUGCCCCUGCUAGGCCUCUGCCAACCCUGCUUCCCCACCAAGCUUCAGCUGCUGGUAGCAAGACACCACCUGACCGUGACUCCCAGAACUGGGCAGUGGUAUCCUACCUGAGUGGGACAGAAUGAAACCCUCAGCAGAAAGCCCCAGGUGCUGAGGGUAGAUGUGCUGAGUCCCAGAGGUGGGAGAGCUGCCUUGGGUGGGGUAUGGCUUUACACCUCAGCGGGCUUGUCUUGUAUUGAGUCCCCAGUAAAACCCUUGUGUAAGAUU